UCAGCGCUGACCCCACCCAGCUCUUGUUUCCAGCAUUCGCCCGACAGGAAUAGAUUGGCUUAAAAUAUCGGCCAAAAUACGAUAUACUAUUUAUUUAUUCGUUUUAACGUAUUAACCUCACUGUACAUGAGCAAUGGUGAGCUGAAAUACGGAUUUCCAGUUAUGAAUGGAUUGCAGGCGCGGUGGGAAUAACCCCUUGCAGUUUUGUUUACACGGCGAGCCAACGCUGCCGAGUUAAUCUGUCAUUUUGGUGAUUUCGUGUUAUCUGACUCUGUUUGCGACAACGCAGGGCGAUGUGAUUGUAUCAAAGAGCCACAACUGUUUGGAAUAAGUAUAGUAAAACUGUCCCCAUAAGGCAAGAUGGAAAGCGAAAGCUGAUGUCCUCUCGGGGCAGCCGCGGGUAGCCUACUUUUCACUCGCCUCCCGCACCUUUCUUCUGCUCUGAGUCGCCGGACGAGUCAAGUGAGUCGUCGACAGGAGCUAUGCUGGCCUCGGGACCAAUCAAGAUGAGUGUAGCCGUCAAAUCGCUGCUCAUUCACGGCCGCCAGAGCUCCUCGGUGAUGAUCGGGCUGUGCAUAGGCAUCGCCCUGAGCCUCAUCCAGACGCCCUUCAUGGAGGACGAGUGUGUCAGGUCUCUCACUGUAGACCUGCGAAGUAGUGACCGCCUGGGCAAACUGCGCGACUUGAGGAGUGAGGGGCCCGCCAACGAGGAAGAUUACGAACCAAGGCUCGUCCUCGACAAUAAGUACGACAAGGGAGACGUCGCCAAGAACUCCAAGACCCAGAAACUGUUGCGGCCACGAUAUUACUCGACAGAGCUGGGUAUACGGGAUAAACUCUUGGUAGCUGUUCUCACCACGAAAGACACAAUAAAGACUUUCGGUUUGGCAGUUAACAAGACAUUGAGCCAUCACGUAGACAAGCUCAUUUUCUUCAUUGAUGGUAUUGGCUCAAAGAAACUUGGGCUGAAUAUACCCGUAGUUGGCUUCAAAGAUGAAAAACCCCUGAUUAAGGUUUUUCGAGUGCUGUCUUACUUGAGUGAGAACUAUAUAAAUGACUAUGAUUACUUUUUACUUGUAUCAGACAGAACGUACAUUCAUGGCAGAAAAAUAUACGAUACUGUCAAGAAGAUUAGUAUCAGUGAAAAUGUACACAUGGGAAUGCUGGUUGAUAAUCCAGAGUCACUUUAUUGCUCUAUUGAUGCGGGCAUCAUCCUCAGCCACUCUGUCCUCCGUGCUGUUUCUGGUAAAUUGAGUUGGUGUACGCGUAACACGUACUCAGAGACAGACACAGAUAAUCUUGGCCGUUGUAUUCUCCACGCUACUGAUCUUCCCUGUGCAUCUAGUAUGCAGGGGCAGCAAUACAGCAGUUACCGACUACGUGAUGAUGUAGAUGUUCUGACACAUCUCCAACUGAUUGGUGGAAGUUCGCUCGUAAGAGAGGCCACCACUGUAUCUAAUGUACCUGAAGCUAGUGAUAUAUAUGCUCUACAUAUGUUUUACCUUCAAGAGGAUUUAAGACAGAUUGAUUCAAGUAUAGCAGAAGCAAGAGCACAAAUAAUAAAUGCACGCACUCAAGCCCCCAAAAAUAUAAAAGAGGAAACUUGGCCCAUUGGUUCAUCACCUGCACAUUACCCUGCAACAAGGUUUGAUGUUAUCCAAUGGGAAACUUUCAACACAACUCAUAUUUUCCUUCCUAAUGAUUUUUAUAACACAAAACCUUUGGUUGGUAUGGAUCUUCAUGAUGUUAUGAGUGUUGUAAAUGCCAGUAUUGCUCACAUGCAUCUGAAAACCAAAGGAAGCCUAGAAUAUCGUGGUAUUGAGUAUGGCCAUCGGCGGUUAGACCCAACACGAGGAGUGGAUUAUAUUCUCUCCCUGAUCUUUCGUGAUAACACCUCUGGUCAGACAGUGUCAAGAAAAGUUGAGGCAUCACGUCCCCUCACAGAACCAGAGAUCAUACCGAUGCCGUAUGUCACAGAGAACAAUCGUAUAACUCUGGUGAUGCCUGUGGUUCAAGAUGAGUUGGUAGAAGCAGUUGACUUUGUUAAGAGAUAUGAAGCUGAAUGCAUGGUAACUGGAGAGCACACGUUCCUUCUUCUUGCUCUGCUAUAUCUACCGGGGACAUCUUCAUCAGGGGAUGCUGCCGAUGUGUUCAAGCCCCUGAAAGACUUGGCUCUGAAGUACACUCGCGAACAUCAUGACGCUGGCUCGAAAGUAGGAUGGGUCUCAAUACACACGGUUGGCCAACGCCCCUCAGACUUCGCAAUUAUUGAUUUGGUUUUAAAAAAACUUCAGGAUGACACGCUGAUCUUACUCACAAGACAUUCUUCUCACAUUAGUAACGACUUCUUGAACCGUGUUAGGAUGAACACAGUCCUGAAUUGGCAGGUAUUUUCUGCUGUACCAUUCACCCAGUACCAUCCAGAGACAGUUGAUGACCAGGCUGGUUAUGAAAAGCUUGAAGUUAAUAGAAACGUUGGUCAUUUUGAUACAUAUAACUUUGACCACAUCAGCUUCUAUGUUGGCGACUAUUUGGCUGCAAGGAAGACCCUGGCAGAAACCAUUCCAGUGAUGAGAAGUGACAAGGACCUCAAGCGGGACCAUCCCGAGGAAUACGACUUCGGCAUUUAUGGGUUAUUUCUACGGGCCUCCGGUCUCCACAUCUUGCGAGCUGCAGAACCCAGUUUGAAGCUGGUGUAUCAGAGCAUAGAGUGCGAGGAAACCCAAAUGUCACAGGAAGACCAUAGUAACCAACUUUGCUUACUGCAGCAAGGACAGUCAUUGGGUCUAAGAUCUCAGUUAAGCAAGCUUGUGCUGGAUUAUUUUGAACAAGGUAAUGGGAAGUUAUGAUUAUUAUCUUUAAGAAAAUUGUGCCAAAACAUUUUAAUAAAUUAAGAGUUAUUGGGUGGUUGCACCUCAGAGACAUGAAUGCAGCUCUUGAUAUAGUCAUUUGAAACUCAGCAUAAGAAUGGUAACUUGGACCUACAAAUGUUUAAGGACAUCCAGUGUGCUUUCUAUUGUAGUAACAAAUUACAGAUUUUGGUUUAGCCUGUGGGAAAGCUGUAGAAAAAAAGAGUUCUAAAAACUAUAGGCUGUUGCAAAAAUAUUUUAAGAUCUUACUGGUUUUUAAACUUCAUCAUAGUUUUUUUUUUAAUUAUUUCUAUUUUAUUAUUAUUUUUCAAGGUUAUGUAAGAAAAUUUUCUUUGUUGCUUUUCCUUAAAUGCAACUAGUUUUUGUUUGAGCCCACCAAGGCAUCAAAUAAUUAGUUCUGAAAUCCUUGAAGUAGAAAGACCUGUAUAGUAUACAAUGUAUUAUAAUAUGCAGUGGAAUAAUAAAGAGCUUGUUUGACAAAAAAAGAGUCUACAGUAAAACUGACCUAUUAUAUUAUAACAUUUAACCCAUAAGAGUUAUUGGAGGUACAUAGUUUUAUAUUAAAAGGAAAAUGAAAAAUGAGUCUACUAAUUUUUUUAUUUCAUAAAUCUGUGAAGGAAAAUAUAUUUUUAAUAUGCUUGAGGAGUAUCAUCUGGGAAAGUUUACAAAAGAGCUUAACUGUUCAUUAAGCUUCAAGCACUCAUUCAAAAUAGAUUACAUUACAAAAGCAAUAAGUUUACAGAAUUCCUCAUUUUGCCACUAAAAGGCAAGCAAAUUAUGUUUUCUGGCAUAAAACCAAUGAACUUGCACUAGUCUACAAAACAUCUUCAGAAAAUAUAAAAUCUAAAUUUUCUGAAAUUUUAUGCAUUUCUGCUUCACACCAAAUUCAAAGUUAGAAUGGCAUUUCUUCAAAACUGCCUCAGAUCUUGCCAUAUCUCACCCUCACAACAUUUAUGACUAGAACUUGAUGGGCAAUCAUCAUCCAAAAUGGAAGUGUACGUCCCCUUACAUUACUCACUUGCAGUGCUUCAUAGGAAAUGGUAAUCAGCUGUUUAGAAGUAAAUUCUUUCAAAUAUGUUUACAAUAAGAUAUAAAAAUAGAGAUAACAGAAAAUUCUCUGUACUGGCUUAAACAUAAUAAAAAAUAAUCUUGGA